GCGGAAAGUGCGCAUGAGGCCGGUCUCUGACGCACUUCCGUGGCGCCGGAACAGAGGCAGGCCGUGGUGGCCCCAAGUCGGUGAGAUGGUGGUUACGAGGUCUGCGCGGCCGCAGGCCCGUAUCCAAGCUACGACUGCUGAAAGCUCCGGGCAGAAGAAUUCUGCUGAAAGAGCUCAGGAGUAUCUAAAAGGCAGGAAGGAAUCUCCAUCUGAUGACCAAAAUACUGCUGAAUCACAGAGCAAUAGGAAACCAAGUCUAAUCCCUAAAACCCUUGAAACUGGAAAGAGAAAGAGCAGAACUGCAGGCUCAUUACCAGAAAUGAACAAACCUUCUACUGAUGGAGAGACCUCUGAAGCAGAGUCAAAUUGUUCUGUGUUUGAGCUCCAGGAUUCCAUUUUAAGAGUAACUAGGAGAAGGCAGAUCUUAGUGGCACGAGACCCGUUGUCCAGUGCUAAGAAAAGGCUGAAAGUAACUCCAAUAAGUGAGUCUCAUACUGAAGAAGAAGUCUCUGAAGCGGAAUCGCAUGUUUCAGGUAUUUCUAGAAUUGUGCCUUCUACAAGAACCAGAAGAAGUAAGGCUAAAUCCCUAACAGAUCCAAGCCAAGAUUCACAUGCAGAAGCUAUUUCUGAUGCUGAAUCAUCAUGCUCAGAUAUUUCUACAUUUUCCAGAGUUGGAACUAGGAGAACAACAAGGAUUAUGCAGAGGAAAUUACCGGCACAAAUGGAGGAGAAAGAUACUAAGAUUAUACCAGAAAAUGAAAAGCAAAUGAUAAAUACACCUAUGGAUUCAGAGGAUUCUGAUGCCAGACAAACUUCUCAUUUACGAGCAAGAUCACUUCCUCAGAUAAAUAAGCCAGAUUUCUCUAAUAAUGAAAUCUAUAGUGACUUUGAUGAUUCCUUCCAUGAAAAAUCAAGAAGAAAAUCAAAAAUGCAAGAACACCAACAUCUUAAUAAAACAGAGGAAAAACAGGUCAAUGUUGCACCUCUCAAAGAAAUAACAAAGCAGAGUUGUAAGAAUUUAGAUGAAGAAGCCAAAGGAAUGAUAGAUAAGGAAAAAGAAAUUAAUGAGAAAAAUUCUGAGGUGAGUUUUUCUGAACUUCAGGACAAUAGACUUCCGCGGUUAGUUUCUCAAAGGCAUUCAACUCCCCACAAUAACAAAACCACAUCAAGGCCCUCAAAUCAGAACUGUGAGGCUAUUAUGAAAUCAUUAGCUCAAACAUUUGCUGUUGUGGAAAUAGACAGGUGGACUGAAGAGAGAAAGAGCACCGUAAAAACAAGUGACUUCACAUCUAGUAACGGUGAUGGUAGUGAUGAAGAAGAGUGCACAGUUAUAGCUGCCAGUGGAGACGUGAAUAAAGAAAGGGAUGUAGAUUUUGACUGUGAUACUGAACUGUACAAGUCUGAGCCCACAUCUCAGAAUACAGGUGAUUCUGUUUUAUUACUUCUCAGCAGUGAUGAAAGCCAGCAGUCUGACAACAGUGACAUUGAAGAGGACACUGUGUGUUUUGUUGAAAAUAGUGCACAAAGGGGGUCAUUAAAUGGAGAUUUGGGAAAUAAGUCAUGUGACAAUGCAUUGUUUGUAAUUGACACAACUCCUGGGUUAAGUGCUGGUAAAAAUUUUUACUUGGGUGAGGAAGAUAAGGCAGAUGAGGGUGCCAUUGAGGAAGAAAAGGAAGGGCAGGAAGAGGAUGAAAAAAGUGAAGACGAACCAUCAGACGAAGACAAAAAUAAAGAUGAUGAGUUUAGUGAUGAAGACGACUUACUAAAUGACACAAAGUCUAAACUUCUGAAGUUGACCAGCAGCAGCAUAGACACUGGUCUGAGUAUCAAGCAAUUGGGUGGUUUGUAUAUAAAUUUUAAUGCAGACAAACUACAAUCAAACAAGAAAACCCUAACACAGAUCAAGGAGAAAAAGAAAAAUGAGAUUAUGCAGAAAGCCAUCAUUACUCCUGAUUUUGAAAAAAACUACUGUGUCCCACCAUAUCGUGAAUCGAAGUAUCAACUUCAAAAGAAACGCAGAAAAGAGCGACAAAAAACAGCAGGUGAUGGCUGGUUUGGUAUGAAAGCUCCAGAAUUGACAGACGAACUGAAAAAUGAUCUCAAAGCACUGAAGAUGAGAGCUGGCAUGGACCCAAAAAGGUUUUACAAGAAAAACGACAGGGAUGGCUUCCCUAAGUACUUCCAGAUUGGAACCAUCGUUGACAAUCCAGCUGACUUCUACCAUUCACGGAUUCCCAAGAAACAAAGAAAGAAAACUAUUGUGGAAGAACUGCUGGCUGAUUCUGAGUUCAGAAGAUAUAACCGAAGGAAGUACUCAGAGAUCAUGGCUGAAAAGGUAGCAAAUGCAGCAGGAAAGAAGUUUCGAAAGAAGAAGAAAUUUCGCAAUUAAGAUUCAUCAAGCAAACCAUAGUAUUUUACAUCUCCCCUUUAUUUAUUUACUAAAGGUGUUUUUGAAAACUACUCCAUCACAAAAAACUAAUGUAGACUGGCCCUGUUUGUUUAUAGGGAUUUCUGUUUGGAAAAGUUGGUUUGAGAGAAAAAUUUAAUUUUCCAAAUUAAAUUUGGAAAACAAAUUUAAUUGACAUUUUUGUAAAGUUUUCAAUAUUUAGUUAUUUAAAGAAAAUUGAGUUAAUAUUGUAAUUAGCAGUAUUUUAAAUAAAGAUGUAGGUAGGGGUGUGUGAGUAUGUGUGUGUAUGUAGUGGGAGAUGGUAGGUGGGAGACGGUAGGCGGGAAAUGCCCUUUUGUCAGCUGUGCAUUCCAGUCCAGGAAACAAGGUACAGGGAUCUGCUUGGGGUCAGUAUAAUAGUUAUAGUUGAAACCAAAGGCAUGGUACAAAAUGACUUAAAAAGCAUUGAAGAAAGUUUGGGUGAAAGCUGAUGAAAAAAGGACCUUCAAAAUACCUUAACACCUUGAACAAUUUCUAAAAAAGUCUUAUUUCAAAAUGUUUUUAAGACAGCGUAUUUAAAAAUGCCUGUGACACAGCUAGUUUUUUAAGGGAGGAAAUCAGGAAAAGGAAAGUGAGAAUGGAAGAAAUUAGAUGAAGCCGGGGUGAAAGUUAAUAAAACAAUUCUGUGAGACUUCCACAGUUGAUAAAGGUGGGCCCCAAGUUUUCUAGCAUCUAAGACAAAAAUUACUUCCAUGUCAGUGUUGUGCCAUAAGAUAACACUACUUUAGAGACAUUUUACAUUAAGACCCAACAAAAUGCCCCGGGUCCUCCCCAUAACAAGGAUGUCAGGUGAGAAGCAAUACUUGGCUAUCCAGAGGAUAAAUGGCAAGGUUUUUAAGAAAAGGAAGAGAGGGGUAGGGACAGAGGCUGUAUAGAAAAGUUCAAGAAAACCUUGAGUAAGGUUUUGGGGUGAAUUCAGGGAUCCCACUCUUGAAAUGAGCAAAUUGGAAGAAAACAAGCUCAUGAAAAAAAUAAUUCAAACUUUCAAGCAAUGACAACUAUUUUUCAAAUAACAGUAACAUUUUAUUAAAAGUUUUUAGUAAGGCUUAAAACAAAAACUGUUUUUUGGGUAACAAAUUCCCCAAGCAUCUGACUGACUAAAAUGUAAAACUCGUCCCGUUAACACAAUUUAGGUAACCUGAGGUAAACUAUGAGGUGGGUGCUGCUAAUUAUCCUCGUUUUGUAAGUGAAGAAAGGCACAGACAGGUUAAGUGACCUGGCCAAGGUCAGAGAGCUAGUAAGUAUGAUGCUUUCUGUCACUUAUUUUGGCCUCGCCCUAUAGCUAUCUGCACACCUUUUUCAGCAUCACCAGCAGAAACUGUUGAACUUGUCCAUUUAGGACAGUUACAGAACACAGGAUUUUUAGCUGAGACUGUGGCCCUCUGUUGGGGAGCUGUGAUUCCCUCCCUUUCAUGUGAUGCGGCUGCAAGUGCCCUUCAAAGAAGAGUGAGUUUAGAGUAGUGCUCUGUCCCUUUAUCUUCUCCCCACUAACUUGCAUGUUGACCUGAUGGCAGAAGCAAUCCUGGAACAUGAUGUGGGAGCUGCGUUUUUUAAGGAAGAAACAAUGAGGAGGAGCCUCUAUCCUCAUGAUGAAGUAGCUGUCAUUCCCUGGACUUGCAUAUGAGAGAAAAGAAACCUCUAGCCAAAUCCACUGCUGUUUUGAGUUUCCUGUCACUCAGUCAGAGCCAAUCCUAAUGGACUCACCAAUCCAUGGCUCUCUGUCCCUCACCAGGAUGAACUCGAAGAAAAUGCAACUGAUUUCAGUUUUUCCUUCCAAUAUAGUUCCUUGCACAAAGCCAGUACUCAAAAAAUAGGCAUCAAAUUGAAGGUGAAUGAAGAUAUAGAUAUAUAUAUAUACACACACAUAUGCCAUGUAUUUACAUGUACCAUGUAUGUUUUCUGCUUUUAUUGAAAUACAUUUUCUGGGCAGUGCCCACUACCUACCUCAGCAUAGCCUCUUUGGUACUGAAAGCUGGAGAAUAAAAAACCAGAAAAAAAUAA